AUGUCUCGUUCUCCACAAGAUACUCCUCUUACUCCAGCUACAUACGACAAUGAUGCUACUUCUCUCACGCUUGCCCAUGACCAGUCUUCGGACUCGGAAGAGGAGCGUCUUGCAGAGAAGUCACGAACUACACUCGAACUCAACGAAUACGACGCUUCACUUCUCCGAGACGAAGAUGAACGUGAAACCCUGUUGAUCGAGAAAAGACCUUUGCAUGGAAUAAAAAACGUUCUCAAAAACCCUUCAGGCGACGCUGGUCUUAGCUUGAGCAGUAGAGAAGCCAAGAGCGAGAGAAGAAAGCAGCGGAGAGGCUCAACAACGGGUCGAAAGGGCGAUAGGGCAGAAGAAGGCAAGCUCAUGUUUCAGAUGGAAGAAGGAUUUAAGGAUAUCAGUUCCAGAUCAUCAUCCUCGGACUCUCUGCAUCUUGAUCAAGAACUAAGGGGUAGGCUCAAGAAGCAGCCUGGGCUAUUUACAUGGAGAAGGCAUCUAUCCGUGUCUCUGGUCAUAGCGACCCUGUUUCUCGUUCUUGCUUUCGGUGCAUUUAAAGCUUCUUCACAAUUUCGGCAUGCGCAAUCGGUACCAAAAUUGUCGAAUGGGACUCACCUAUUUGCGCCCACCACGAUUCUCGUCUCCCUCGAUGGCUUCCGCGCAGACUUCCUCAAUAGAGGUCUUACUCCGGCUCUGAACUCCUUCAUUGCUUCAGGUGUCUCACCCAGAUACAUGUUACCGUCCUUUCCCUCCGUGACCUUCCCCAACCAUUUUACACUUGUCACGGGACUUUAUCCAGAAAGCCACGGUGUUGUUGGUAACUCAUUUUGGGACCCAGAAUUAUCAGAGGAAUUCUUCUAUACAGAUCCUCUACGAUCUUUGCAGCCCAAGUGGUGGACCGCUGAGCCAUUGUGGGUCACUGCCGAGAACCAGGGAGUCCGGACUGCAGUUCACAUGUGGCCAGGGUCGGAGGCCCAUAUUCCACCAUUAGAGCCCACCUAUCUUGACAAAUUCAACAAGAACGAAGCUCUCACGACAAAGAUAGAGCGUAUUCUGGGACUUCUUGAUCUGCCCGGGGAUUUUGACAAUUCAGAAGGAGUCUCCCCAGAUCGAAGACCGCAGCUUAUUGCGGCUUAUGUUCCAAACGUGGACUCUGAUGGACACAAAUAUGGUCCAAAUAGUACCGAGAUUCGAGUUACCAUUUCUGACGUCGACAGCAUGCUCGCGAUUCUCAUGGAGGGCUUGUAUGAUCGCAAUCUGACCGAGAUUGUCAAUGUUGUUGUCCUAUCCGAUCAUGGGAUGGCAACCACGUCAAAUACACGGCUCGUUCAGCUAGACGAUCUUAUCGACUUGUCGCUGGUAGAUCACAUCGAUGGGUGGCCUCUUCGUGGCCUCCGACUUACGAACCCUUCACGGGACGUACCAAUUCUGUAUGAAAAACUCCUAAAAGAAUCGGAGAGUUCGCAAGGCUUUGAAGUCUACACCCUUGACACAAUGCCGGAACGAUAUCAUUUUGCCAACAACAACCGGAUUGCGCCUCUAUGGAUUAUGCCGAAGACUGGCUGGGCUAUAGUUGAGAGGAAAGAAUUUGAUGUCACAGAGGCGCAAGCUGCGGGUACCAUCUAUCAUCCUAUGGGUAUACAUGGAUACGAUCACGAGCAUCCACUUAUGAGAGCCAUCUUUGUUGCCCGAGGACCUGCGUUUCCACAUGCACCCAACAGCAGACUUCCCGUAUUCCAGAACAUUGAAGUCUACAAUAUAAUAUGUGAUUCUCUGGGCAUCAAGCCACAUGCCAAUAACGGCACCCUCCGCUUACCGUUAAGCACAGUAGGUCUUCAUGACGAUUCGGAUGCUCCGGAGUUAGAGACACCACAUGAUCCCCCACAGGAAGCCCCGCCAUUUAACGGAAUAGAGCCAGGUCAUAUGGAAAGGCCGAACCAGGGACCUGCCCUCCGGCCAGGAGCGGAGAAUGAUACCACAGAAACAAAUGAGGCCGAGGAAAAAGGAGAUGCUGAGAUGACCUGGUGGGACAUUAUGCAUGACCGUAUCGAGAAGGCCAAGGAAUGGGCAAAGAAAAUCAUCGAGAAGUUGAAGGGCAAUAGUGAAGAUGGCUGA